UGCCCGGUCGCCUGACGGGGCCCCUCCCCUGGCCCGCCCCGUCAGGUUUAUCUUGUGACCGCGGCGUCCACUCCGUGCUUCCUCGAGCCUAGAGCCUGGUUAACCACCAUGCGCUUCCUGACUGCUGCGUUCCUGCUCCUGGCGCUCGGCGCCGCCGCGGUCCAGGCCGAGCCGGUGCGGUUCAAGGACUGCGGUUCCGAAGCUGGAGUUAUCAAAGAAGUGAAUGUGAGCCCAUGCCACGUGCAGCCCUGCGAGCUGCAGAAGGGACAGUCCUAUGGCGUCAACGUCACCUUUUCCAGCAAUGUUCAGUCUAAGAACAGCACGGCCAUUGUGCACGGCAUCCUGUUCGCAGUUGAAGUUCCCUUUCCCAUUCCUGAGCCCGACGGCUGCAAGAGCGGGAUCAGCUGCCCCAUCCAGAAAGGCCAGACCUACAACUACCUGAACAAGCUCCCAGUGAAGAACGAGUACCCCUCGAUAAAACUGGUGGUGAAGUGGGAACUUAAGGAUGACAAACAGAGAAACCUCUUCUGCUGGGAAAUCCCCAUAGCAAUCGUAGCCUAGAGCCCUGGAGCUGCUCGCUGUCUGGGCGUGCGAGGGCCAGGGCGGAGGGAGUGAAGACAUCAGACCUGAAGCUUAAUCUGUGCCUCUGGGAUGAAAGGAAUUGCAAGAUGCUGCUUCCUGCCUCUCCACGUCCAAAAGCAUCUAAGACCCUAUUUCCUGAGAGCUCAGAACUGUUGCCUUACGAGAGAGAGAGAGAGAGAGAGAGAGAGAGAGAGAGAGAGAGAGAGAGAGAGAGGCCGGAGGGUCAACCCGUUGCUUUUGGCUGUUGGGAUAAGGCGGGCCCAACCAGGCAGCGCCUGAGGGGAUUGCUGUGGGGCUGUCAGGUGGCUCACCCUGGGUCCUGGCCGUGGGGGAUGGCCCCCAGAUCCUCUCUCCAGCUGGGCGGUGGUCUCUGAAGGCUCCUGUUCUCUAAGUGCCUCGUGGAGUCAGCACCUCCGACUCCAGCGAUGCAGCAGCCAUGACUUCUCCCCUCCCUGGUCCAGGACUGGGUGCAGAGGGGGUUUCAGAGGUCAGCCCUGCGCGGCUGCUUUUCCGUGGUGGUGUCGUCUCUUCUUCUGUCUCGGUGGUUUUCAUUAAAGACAGCACUUGGUUAGCUGG